CUUUUCCCGCGUAUUUCGUUUUGCACGGUUGGUCAGAAUGGGGAUCAUCAACAAAACUACGGAGUUGUGUGUCCUUGUUGUAGAAAGUGGUUUUGUUUUAGCCAGCCUCAAAGAUCCCCGUGUGUUAUUCAGUUAGUAUUAUCAUAUUCGAAUGGAUAUUUAAUAUGGUAAGGUCACACUUUCCCGGUAAACCAUCUAAACAUUUUAACCGACGUAAAGUAUCCGCCGUAAACACAGAUGAAAAUGAAGGGACUAAAGAGGCAGAAGAUGUUUAUCGAAGAUUGUCAGUUUUUAAUAUGCUUUUUUCUACAGAAGAUGAGGAUAAUUCGUUUCAUGGAUUCAGCCCACAUGAAAUAGAUGGAAAAACCAAUAGUAGCCCUCAAAAGGUUAUCCGUGGAAAACGAAAAUUAAAAAAAAUAAAUGUAUCCAACUCUCCUAGAAAGUCUAACAAUGGGAUCCCUUCUAUUGACAAACCAAUUUUAGAAAAACCUGAGACCUCUAUAGAAAAUCCUGAGGUUCAUGAUUUAGGAAGUGAAAAAUUAGUUUCUUGUGAUUCAGUGAGGAAAAGUGAUGUAAAAAAGUUUGAAGUGUGUGAUAAAAUCGAAAACAAAGAUGAUUUUCCAUCUAAUCCAACUUUAUCUGGUAAAUUUGUGCUUCCAUCUAGAAGUGCCCAUUCUUCUAGGGUUAUCAAGCCGAAUAAGAGAUUUUUACAAACUGAUGUUUCCAUGGUUCCUUGUAAGAGAUCUAGGUUAAGCUCAAAGCAUGAUUUAGAUGGUGAUAAAAAUGUAGAUGCUUUGUCUAAUCCUAAUAUUCAGUUGGACAAUAAUGGGCUGUCAACAUUAACUAUGUGUGGUAAGACAUUAAAGAAGUUGACUUCUUAUAGUUCAACUAAUUCUCCGGUGAAGUUUAUUUUAAGAAAGCCUAGAUUAAAGAUAAAGUCUCAACCUUUGUCAACUAUGGGAGGACCAUUUACUUCACCUGGAGCCAACAGUUUAAGUUUACAAAAUCAGCGUCUGACGAAAGUAUGCUGUGGUGUCUGCGGUUGCUUUCGAACUUACAGGUUUUUCAAACAAGCCAGGAAAUUUGGUAUAUUUUCUUGUGAACCGUGUAGGAGAUUUAUUUUAAAAAUAAUAAGAUUGGAAAGAGAAAAAUUGUUAAAAACUCUCGUCUGCAGUUCUGGAACAGGAAACUGUCCUAUCCGCCAGAGCACAUUAAUAACUCAACCCUUUUCAAACGACACUGCUGAUGUAUCGUCCAGGGAUGAACCAUCACGAUGUGAAGCAUGCUGGUUAAAUUUGUGCUUACGUUCCUUUCAUAUGCCUCAAAGGCUUUCUAAAAGGCUAUAUUCUUACUUACCCACACAAAUUACUCAGAAAUCCUUGUUAUCAUUUGACAAAUGUCCUGUCUCAGACUGGAGAGAUGGUAAAAAAACUUUGGACGUUGCUUUAGUUGAUGAGAAACUGCCUACAACUAGUAAUGAGCAAGGAAGAUUACCUCGGAAAAAUAAGGUUUUGAGAGAAAAUAUCAACAUUAGACGUGGCUCGAACACAUCUCUUCGUUUAUCUAGUCAUAGAGGUCGAGGGCACAACGGCAGGGAUGAAGACACUAGCCGCAGGGUUAAGGCAAGGCAGAAAUUGCCACUCACAGGGCCGCGGGUGAAGCAUGUCUGUCGUAGUGCCAGCCUGGUGCUGGGACAGCCAACGGCUACUUUUUUGCCUGCUGGCCAGCAACAGUCUUCAACUGGAUCUCAAAAUGGACCAGAUGUCUUAGGGACAGGAGAAAAUCAAGAAAUUAGGUCUGUGGAAAAUGAUGCAAAUGAUAACUUGUUUGGAGAAAAAAUGAGGAAAAUAUCUGAUGAAGAGUAUGCUUUAAGCAAUAAUACCAGAGCCGAUUAUCCUCCUGUAGCAAGAAUGCUUCAGGAUUUAGGACGUGCUAAUUGCGAACUUUUAGAUGGAAUGGAAAAUCAUGAGUUGGAAAAACAAAAUGCGCGCGUAUCGAUAGAUUUUUGGGAGAGUUAUGAUCCAGAGGAGGUGUCUCAAAUGGGUUUUCCGCUUAUAGGCUACAAUCCUCUAAAACUAAGAGCUCUCUGUUUUCUCUGCGGGAGCGCAGGGCAUGAAAAGAUGGUGCACUGCUCGAGUUGCUGUGAGCCUUACCACAUGUUCUGCGUCUCUAACAUUCUCACGCCAUCUGUGAAGCCUUCUGGCGACUGGUGGCGCAUCGAUUGGCUCUGCCCCAAGUGUACGCCGUGCGAGGCAUGUAUGAAAACUGGAGGGGUCCAAUUGUCCUGUUCUCACUGCCACAAGUCGUAUCACUCGGUCUGCAUAUCCACAGUUAGGGCCAACAUGUCUGACAGUGCUUGGGUGUGUCCUUCUUGUUUAUUUUGUAAAAGCUGUAAUGAUACAUCUGUUCAUGUAUUCGUUGGCAAUAUGCCACUUUGCAAAGCUUGCUUCAAACUUCGGAAGAAAGGAAAUUUCUGUCCUCUGUGUCAGUGUUGUUAUGACGAUAAUGACUAUAACACAAAGAUGAUGGAAUGUGCAGAGUGUAAAUGUUGGAUUCAUGCCAAGUGUGAAGGAAUUUCUAAUGAAAAGUACCAAAUUUUAAGUUACCUCCCGUCAACGGUAGAAUUCAUCUGCAAGUUAUGUUGCAAGAAACCUCCUGCACCAUGGUUGUUAGCAGUGGAUGCUGAGCUUAAGGCAGGCUACCUCAAUGUAAUUAAAAUAUUAAGUAAAAACAGAAACGCCUGUGCCAUGUUAAAAGCGAGCCCCAAAAAACAGCGUGUAUGCACCUGCUUAAACAAGAACACAAAUCCAAUCCAUUUACAGGAUUUAAUGAGCGGUUCAGAAUCACUUCAGAUCGAGUCAAGCAUUAGCCCUGAGCGUGAUAUCAAGACUCCAGAUCUUGGUCUCCUCACGCCAAAGCUUACCAAAGAUGAUGAAGAAAGUUUGAAGACAGUCAAGUCCGAUUUUCUCAAUCUAGUCACCGAAGAAAAAGAAGUGCAGAGAAAUUGUUCUUCUGAUAAGGAAAUGACAAAAAAAUCUUUUCUUCAAGAUACUGUUAAUAACGACCGAACUCGUUUGCUAAGUAUUGCCUAUGACAGAUUAGUUCAAUCGAAUGAUCUGACUAUGCGUGAAAAAUUACUUGUCAAAGAAAACAUUUUAGCGAAGGAUAAAACAAUUAUUGCUGAUGAAAAGGUCUGCACGUGUAAGAUUUUAGAUUGCCCCGUUCAGACGUUAAAUUUAUUAACAAUAAAAAACAAAGCUGCUGCUGAUGAAUACCGUUCUGUUUUGGAAUUUCAUCAAGACAUGGAAUCGGUUAUUAAUGAAAUUGGAAAACAGGACUUAACGGAUACUUACAAUAGAUGCUUAAAACAAAUAUUUCCUUGGUUUGAUUCUAGCGAUUCCGGUAUGAAUGAUUCAGUAAUAUCCGGAGUCGGAACACCAAAGAAAAGCAGUUUUACUGAAAGUAAUAAGCACAAUAACAAACUAAAUACAAACCAAGAGGAGUACCCUGCUUUGAAGGGCUUAUUGAAUUUCGAACCCAACUAUUAUUACAUUGGUUCCAAUGUUGAGGAUACUCGACACUGCUUGUUUUGCAAAGGAGUCGGUGAAGGUAUGCCUAUGAAAGAGGGCCGUUUGCUCUAUUGUGGGCAGAAUGAUUGGGUACAUACCAACUGUGCUAUGUGGUCAAGUGAAGUAUUCGAAGAGAUUGAUGGCUCUCUGCAAAAUGUACACAGUGCUAUUUCACGUGCUCGAUUGAUUCGGUGCUACGAAUGUGGUAAGAAAGGUGCUAGUUUAGGUUGCUGUGCUAAAUCCUGUCCUACAGCUUAUCACUUUACCUGCGCUCACCUGGCUAAUUGUAUAUUCCUCGACAAUAAGGAGCUAUACUGUAAAGUGCACACUAAUCUCAAAGGGAACAAAGAGAUACAUAGAGAAGAAGAUUUCCAUAUCAAAAGAUCUGUGUAUGUUGAAUUAGAUCACAAGAAGAGAAAGGAUGUUCUCCGAAAUGAAGUGAGAUUAUACAUAGGUUCUUUGGAGGUCAUUCAAAUUGGCGAGAUAUUACCAGAGUUGUCUGAUGAUUCGGAAAUUAUAAUUCCAUGCGAUUAUAAAUGCUCUCGCUAUUAUUGGUCCUCCAAAGAACCAUGGAAAAUUGUCAAAUAUUCGAUUCAGACGAAAAUCACCAAUCUUGUUCAAGAAUACACUUACGAAAAUGACACUAAUUAUACUGUUGACCAUUCACUAGAAAUCACUCCUCCUCCAUCUCCUAUCGAUUCUCUGAGGAAUGACACUUUUGUAAAUAAUAAUUUUUUGGAAAAAGAAAUCAAAGCUGUUAUCAGUCAUUUACUUGACACUGUAUGUUCGAAGGAAGAAGAUGGCAAUCUUUCUGACCAGCAAAACACCGAUCUCCUCCCCCCUGAAGUUAAAGAUGCUAUUUUCGAGGACUUGCCUCAAGAUUUUUUAGAUCGUAUAUCAGUUCAUGAUAUUUUUACAAAAAUGAGUUUCGACGACAUUUUGUUGUCCGAUACAAAGGUGGAGACUGGUGAAGGUAUUAAUUUAGACCCGGCAUCUAAUAAGUUGAAGAAUAGCGCUGAUAAAGCAAUCGAAAAAGUGAACACAGCUCAAAGCAAUCUGUAUAAAAUGGUUAGGGUUGUGAAGCAAAGAAAACUUGAAAAAAUUAAAGAGUGUGAAUCAUUUUUAGAUAGAGAAAACAGGAACAAAUGGAAGAGACAAAGUAUUUUACAGGUCGAUGGAGCCAUGGAUCUGAGUGAAAGUGAUCAGUCAAACGAUUCUUGUGACCUCAAUGUGAAAGAGGAAAAUGGUGUCGAUAAACCGGUGAAAUGUGCAAGGUGCCACAGGACAUACAGAACCAGAAUCAGCUAUGAUCGGCAUCUGUCUACUUGUAAUGUGGAUUACCCAUCUUGUAGUGAAAGCGAUCUCAGUGAAGAAGAAAAAACGCAAAGUAUACCUGAUGAAAGCAGUAAUAAAUUAUUAGAUGAUCCUAUUAGCAGCGCGACCCAGACCUGCGACUCCGAAAUACAAAUGUUCAAUAUCCCUGUCCAAGUAAAAACUAUAACAAACGAACAAAAGGUUCAAACAGCAAUGUUACAAAAUUCAUUUGAGAAUACCAUGUUGUGUGUUGAUGGUACAAAUUAUAAUGGAUUGAGAGAAAAUUCUGAAGCAAUAGUAAACUUGAAUUAUUCAACAUUGAAUGGAAAUGGAAUACAUAAUGCAACAUUUACUACUAAUGAACAGACUUUAGUAUCUGCAUCGAUUGAAUCUGUGGGAGAAUCGGUUGUAGGUCUGCAAACUCCGACAAUCAUUGUCCAACAAGUACCAUCAAAUGACAAUAUACUUCCUACAUAUUUGCCGCCUACAUAUCAAGAACCUUCCCAGCAGCCUGGAGGCAUUCACUAUAUUACUGCUAUUAACACUCAAGAAAAAACACAGUUUUUGACCGCCAAUUCAGUUGGGCAAGGUACGUAUCACAUCCAAUCCCCUAUAGCCCAACCCACUACUGUUGUUCAAAAUGUUCCUACUGUUUUAGGAACCAUCAUUCAGGCUAAUGGAGUAGAACAGUAUAUACUCAACAACACCCAACCGAAUGUUGAUGUUUAUAGUCAUCAAAAUAAUAUGUACAUAGCCAAUCAUGCGCCUAUGAUCGUGGGUAUGGAAACUGUAGUCAGUAACACAGUGAUGUCUUCUAGUCGGUUCAUUUCUGGUUCAGCACCAGGGCCAGUUUUGGCCAGUAGUUAUUCUGCUACGACUACUCAAGUAUUUCAAGCUGCGAAACCGAUUAUGGACAUUCCUCAAAGUUAUCUUGUUGUGAAUACAAAUCCUCCCCAACUGGUCGCUGACAACGGUAAUCAAUGUAUACAAAGUGUGAUUCAGAAUGGAUCGUUAACAGCAAAUCCAUCUUGGAACAGCUACAAGAUCGAGUAUCAAGAUGCUGUAAAGUUGAAUAAAAACAUCACCUACCAGAGCAUGUCCCACCAGAUAGUUAAUCAAAAGCAGGAUAUGAAUGGCCUAAAAAUGAUUAGUGCAAAUGACCAGGCGUUGGUUCUCACACCGAUUGCUAUGAAGCCUCCAAGAUCAUCGUUGCCGUCUCAGCGAUGUGAAAAUCCGGUCAGUACGGCGACUAUUAUGCCAAUUUCACAGCCCGUUAUCAGUAUGAACAGUAAUAAUUUGAAACCUACCAGUUUAGUAAAAGUUGUAGAACUACCUUCUUCUUCUGCCGUUUACAAAGAAAAGCCCCAACAAGCUGUAGCUCCAGUCGUCAUUAAAAAAAUGCCUCCUGAAUCGGCUCAAAGGUUGACCGAUUUAAAAGUUGUCACUACCAAUAAUUAUAAAGGAAAUGAUACAGCAUAUAAAGAUACAUCUCGUAGCACUCAAUCGAAUGCAAAGAUGUUGAGGAAAAGUGAACCUGUGAUGGAGAAUACAAGCGCAGCAUUGAAAAAACAAAAUAAGUUAGCGGAACCGCCUCCUCUGAAGGAUUCUAAUAAAGUUAAAAUUCAUCCAACCACCAGUAAGAUUACUGAAAAAAAAAGUGUUUCCAAAUCGAACGGCUGUGAUUUAAAUAGAAAACGUAAAAUCGUACACGAAGAACCGAAAAUUUCAUUUGAAAUUACUUCUGAAGAUGGAUUUUCAUACUGUACCACCAAUAUUAAUGAAGCUUGGAAGAAAGUUUUUGAAACUGUCCAGCAUGCGAGAAAAGCACGUAACCUUCCUCCACUUACGCAGAACCCGUUUUCCUCUCCGGAUUCCAUGUUGAAAAAGUUAAUGGGUCUCGGCAGCAAUAGUAUGAAAUAUUUAUUAGAGCAAUUGCCAGGAAUCAGUAGUUGCUCAAAAUAUAAACCAGUAUAUCACAGGAAAACACUCUCUGCUCUUGAAAAAGAGCUGUCGAGGGGUGGUGGAUUAAAUCCAUCAGGUUGUGCUCGGACUGAGAAGUAUCAUCAUUCCCAGAAGACUUACGACAUGUUCAGUUGGCUGGCAUCGAGGCAUCGAAGGCCUCCCAAACUGCUUGCUUCAGAAUCAGAUGGAGUAAAUGGCAAUAGUCGCCGUGCAACAAGUAUGAACUUACCCAUGGCAAUGAGAUUCCGUCACCUCAAAGAGACAUCAAAGGUAUCUGUUGGUGUGUUCAGAUCUGAUAUCCAUGGAAGAGGCCUCUUUUGUCUUAGAGAUAUCGAUGCUGGAGAAAUGGUGAUUGAAUAUGCUGGAGAGGUGAUAAGAUCUGCCUUGACCGACAAGAGGGAGAGGUAUUAUACAGAGAAAGGUAUUGGGUGCUAUAUGUUCCGUAUAGACGAUAAAUCAGUUGUAGAUGCGACCAUGAAAGGAAACGCUGCUCGUUUUAUUAAUCAUUCAUGUGAGCCUAAUUGCUAUUCAAGAGUGAUAGAUAUUCUCGGCAAAAAACACAUAUUAAUAUUUGCCCUACGGAGGAUACUUCAAGGUGAAGAAUUGACAUAUGAUUAUAAAUUUCCUUUAGAAGAGGAGAAAAUAAAUUGUCAUUGUUUAUCUCGUAAAUGUCGAAAAUAUUUAAAUUAAGUUGAUGCUAUAAGUAUUUUAAUAUUACCAACUUAACAAUGUGUUAAUGAGUUAAUGGUGAAAGCUUGACCAUAAGAAAGGUCUUUUUUUUUUUUUUAAAUAUAUUUCGAGGUUAACUCAAUAUCUGCAUGGUGACACAACAUUCAUUCAAUGCAGAUGUAUAUAAAUUACUCCCAUUUUUUAAAUAUAAAGGAUUAAGUUAAUCCAUUAAAAAUAUCAAAUGAAAUUUAGAUUUUGUAAUAUAUUUAAAACAAUUGUGUAUAUUUUUAUAAGCUUUGUUAUGUUAACAUAUAUAACAGGUAUUUUAUAAAAAGAAAAAGAAAAAAAAAGAUAUCCUAAACCAAAGAUCCAAUAAUGAAUUUUAUGAAUAAUUUAAUUAUUGCCUUAGUUACCAAUAAAUUGCGUAAUGUUGAAAUGAAUUAGAAAAUUAAGUUGUAAAUACAAUAUUUAUAUUAUAUUUCUAUUGUGCCUUAUAUAUAUAUUCAGAAUAAUACAAGGCCUUACUGUAAAUAUAUUUAAAUAUGUAUAUAAUCAUUUUGGCAAUAAGCCUGUUAAAAAACAAAAAAUAUUAAAUUUGUACAUUUCAAAUUUUAUUUUAAAAUGAUCUUAAUAAUAAAUUAUAUGACUUAUUAAAGAAUACUUUUAGAUCUCUUGUAUAAAAACUGAAAUCAAUUUGUAUAUAUUAAAGUUUUUCCUCUGUGUAUAUCUUUAAAUGUAUGUAUAUCCUUAUAAGGAAAAGAGAUGAAUAUUAUUUCUCAUUUUAGUCAUUAAAUUAUUUAUUUUUAUUUUUAUUUUUAAAUAAAUAACUUAUUAUGACUAUGAAGAACCAAGUUGUGUAUGUGAGCUGCUUUUAAUUUUUUUAUAGUAUUUUUUAAAAAUUAAUAAUUGAAUUGUUAAUAAUACACGUAUAGUAUUUUUUAAAACCUUCCACUCUCUUGCCUAUUUGUUUAUUAUUUUAUUUUUUACUUUUACUUAAGUAAUAUUGCUUGUUGUUUGCUUUGUUAUAUUUGUUCUUUGUAUAUAGCUAUUAUAUAUAUAUAUAUAUAUUUAAUAAGUAAUGUUGCUAUAUUGUGAAUGGUUUAAAACUAUAUUUUUUAAAAGGAUAUAAAUGUCGAUUAAAAAAAAAAAAAUAAUAAUAAUGAAUAAAUAAAAAUUCUGUAUUGCUAUGAUAAUAUAAAAGAAACUGUGAUAAGGUGUUUUAAAGUAAGGAUGGUAUAAUCUGUGAUCAGAAUGUUUUUUCAGUCUCUUUAUAUUUUCAUAGGUGAUUUUAGGAUAAUGUUGAUUCAGUCACCAGAUCUUUUGUCAAAUGAAUAAUUGUUUUUAAUGUCUUAAAUAUCAUAGGAUUAAAAAUGUUUUAUCCAUUUUCUUUUAAGUACAAUAUGGCUUACAAAAAAUCAUUCUCGUACAUCUGCUGUUCAUAAUCAGUUAAAUAAAAUAAUCUGCACAGAAA